AGUCAUAGACUGCACCAAGUAUGGAACUAACAGGACCCUGAACAGCUUCAACCCCCAAGCAAUAAGACUGCUAAAUAGUUAUUAGUCAAAUGGCUACCUUGACUAUCUGUAGUGAAACUUUUUGCAAUAAUUUGUUUUGAAACAUCAACUCGGUACGGCUACCCCUUGUAUCCAAGUUAUUGUUACUCAUGGUGUAUCUAUUAUUACAUGUAUUAUUGCUUGUUUUACAUUCUCUAGUUUCCUUCUCUCUGCAUGGUUGGGAAGUUCCCGUAAAACAAACUUUUCACUGUUAGUCCACACCUGUUGUUUACGAGGCAUGUGACGAAUAAAAUUAGAUUUGAUGUUGCUGCAUUUGUGGGCGGAGUGUGCGAGCGCUGAAAUCGUUGCGCACCUGUCAACUGGGCACUGGGUAGGUGAUGCUAGAUGAUGGCGAGUGUCUUUAAUAAUGUGAUCUGAGUUUGUUUUUCGGCGACUAUUGGGGCAACAGAGACACGUAAGAAGGCAAAAGAAAAUAAUAAAACCAGGGAGUCAUUGAAGGAGUUUGUCGUGGCAGCGUAACAAACUUGGGACCGAAUAACAACACCAAACCAAAGGUGAAUUCAUGUAAACAAAAUCAACAACUUUUUUUUUGUCCGCUGCUCUUCAUUGCAGCCAACUCAGACUAUUGUUUAUUGUACUUUAAGCGCGCAAUGGCUUCUCCGGGUGCCAGUUCGAGCCCUUUGAGUAUCCUGGCUCCCAAAACGAAGACAAAGAAGAAACAUUUUGUACAGCAGAAAGUGGAGGUGUUUCGAGCCAGUGACCCUAUUCUAAGCGUCCUUAUGUGGGGAGUCAAUCACUCGAUUAAUGACCUGGUCCAGGUGCCUGUCCCCGUCAUGCUGCUUCCUGAUGACUUCAAAGCCAAUACCAAGAUCAAAGUCAACAACCAUCUCUUCAACAAAGAGAAUCUUCCAGGACAUUUCAAGUUCAAAGAGUAUUGUCCACAGGUGUUCCGCAAUCUCCGAGAGCGCUUUGGAAUCGAGGAUCUGGAUUAUCAGGCUUCUCUGGCACGCAGCCCUCCGGUGAAGGACGGGGAUGGUCACGGAGUGGGGCUGCUGCUGACAUCAUAUGAUCGCACCCUGAAACUCAAACAGAUCUCCAGUGAGGAAGUGGAGGACAUGCACAACAUCCUAUCUGAAUAUCACCAGCACAUAGUGACGUGUCACGGCAGCACGCUGCUGCCUCAGUUUCUGGCCAUGUACCGGGUGACCGUGGAGAGUGAGGACACCUACCUCAUCGUUAUGAGGAACAUGUUCAGCCACAGGCUCAACGUUCACAGGAAGUACGACCUUAAGGGGUCUCUGGUGUCCCGUGAAGCGAGUUUAAAGGAAAAGGAGAAAGAGUUGCCCACGUACAAAGAUGUGGACUUCAGGAAUAACAUGCAGAAGGUUUAUGUGAGUGAGGAGGAGAAGGAGAGGAUCAUGGACAAGCUCAAUAGAGAUGUGGAGUUCCUGGUGCAUCUGAGGAUCAUGGACUACAGCCUGCUGCUGGGGAUCCACGAUGUGGGCCGGGUGGAGGAGGAGGAGAUGGAGGAGGAGUCGUAUGAUGAUUAUGAUUCGGAGGACGAGGAGGAGGAGGAGAACAGCCUGACUCCUGCUCCUGCUGUGGGCUCCUAUGGCACCUCCCCUGAGGGCAUCGCUGGCUACAUGAACUCCUUUAAACCCCUGGGGCCUGGGGAGUUUGACCCUUAUGUAGACGUCUACGCCAUUCAGAGUGCUGUGGGUGCACCCCAGAGGGAGGUGUACUUCAUGGGUCUGAUUGACGUCCUGACUCACUAUGACACCAAGAAGAAAGCCGCUCAUGCUGCCAAGACCGUCAAACAUGGGUCUGGAGCAGAAAUCUCCACCGUUCACCCUGAGCAGUACGCAAAGAGGUUCCCUUUGCCACCUGUGGAACACGAGAGAAACUACAUCGUCACAUGCCUCGAGUUCUGGUUGACUGGAAUUUUGGAGACCUGGCAGAGUUCUAUUCGCUGUGGAAGUCUGACAACAGAGUGCGUUUGAAUGGCUUCGGUGACGAUGGGAAGAGAGAGAGCAUUGUCUUUGUGGCAUGCUCUUCCAGCUGAUUCUGACUGGAUGGAAGCACAAAAGGAAGGAGUGACCAUAGCGAUGGCUAUUAAUUUAUGGACACACACACUGGACUGGUAUUUUAGAAAGACUGAUCGAUGUCCUUCUUUGCCUAGAUUUCCUUAAAUCAAAACAAGGUGGAGAAAUGCCUUUUAAGUCUUUUGAAAUCACUGAUGUAUCUUAAUAUAUUGGGAGUGGCUCCUAAUCCGUGAGCGGAUCUUUUAUUUCUGAGGCUCCGUAUCCGUGAGUGCGCAAAUUCUCGCAGUAUGUCUCAUUCAUUUUCUCAUGCCGAACCCAGAUUAGAUACAUGGCUAGUUAUUAAAUUGCAAAAAUAUGGUAUUCGCAAUGUCACUAAGAAAAAACAAAACCACUACAAUGUCAAUGAUUUUUGUCAUGAGUUCAGUACCAUUUGCUUGAUUUGCGGACCCAUGACGAAGGUUUAUCGUCAUUAACUAGCUAACGUUAGCAUGCUAGUGAUGCUAGUGUUAGCUAGCAAGCUGUAUUCAAGUCCAUUGGAAACCGAUGCAACCCUGGUGGCUACGUGGCUAGCUAGACGACCGGUAGUGGCAGUAAGGUCCAUAUGAGAGUCAAGGCUCUAAGUGCCAUCGUGCACAUAAAAUACUGUUUGAUGAGCUAGCUAAGUUAGCUAAGAAGGUAUACCAGUUAACUAGCUUUGCAUGCAUGGUAGGACCAGUGUUGUCCAAGAUGGUAGAUCGUCUCUGGUGAUGUGUCAACAUUACAACCAAAUUGCAACCUAUGGGACGCAAACAUUCCUGCACAUACACAGGUAUCGGAUAACAAUAAGAAAUAUUUCUCAAUAUAUUGCAUAUUUAGUCCACAAUUUCUCUGACAUUUGGCUUGUAGUUAUUGCACAACAAAGAAGAGACCGUUUUCAGGGACCUACCCAAUCAAAACAAACAGUGAAAUUAUAGUUAGGGAGAAAUUAACCAUACGACCGCUAGUAGGUGUCAAUGUAUCCCCACAGAUCAAUUUGAUUUCAACAGUACUUAAUAGAGUCCACUAACUUGCUGCACUGGUGUAAACUAUUACUAUUGCACGUGAUUUACGUAUAUUGACAUUUUGGAGAACACUUAUGGAUCUGUUAGACACAUCUAUGUAUUUUCUCUGUCAACGGAUUUGUAUUUCUUGGGUGAGGUGGGGCUAACUAAAUAAGAAAUGACAAUCCAGGACAAAUGGAAAUACAGACUGCUUUGUGAUAUCAAAUGCCUUCUUACAUUUUAAGAUGGGGUAUGCAACCAAGCAUGGUUUCAAGCACACAUGAAACCAUUCAUGAAGACAAAUGAUUUGAAGUACACCCCUAUGGAGUAUAAACAAUUACAAAUUAUUAUAGAUGCCCCAAAUUAGAUUGAAUGGGCUUGUAAUUCACACAGUACUGAUGAGAAAUCAAGUGCAUUUGAUGUAAAUAUAGGUAUACAAGGACAUCUCCUGGUCAGCAGGUUUUUCAUCCUCAGUCACUAGCUAUCAUAAUUGUGUAUCCCUCCUUCACAAGCUUGAUGUUUCCUAUGCAAAAAAGCAAAGCAUUGAUGCACUAGCAUGCAAUGACGCAGGUAUUUAUGUAACGGAUGUGAAACGCUAGCUUAGUUGGUGGUGCGCGCUAAAUAGUGUUUCAACCGGUGACGUCACUUGCUCUGAGACCUUGAAGUAGUGGUUCCCCUUGCUCUGCAAG